AUGUCACAAAAACUGCUGAUAGGCAGGAAGACGGUGGUUGCAAAGAAGACAAAAAAGGUACUGGAGUCUCUUUACUCUGGGCUCCAACUCAUUAUGGAAAGUGGAAAGUAUGUGCUUGGGUACAAGCAGACUCUGAAAAUUAUUAGACACAGCAAAGUGAAACUGAUCGUCCUUGCCAACAACUGUCCCGCCUUGAGGAAAUCUGAAAUAGAGUACUAUGCCAUUUUGGCCAAAACUGGUGUCCAUCAGUACAGUGGCAAUACUACUGAAUUGGGUUUAGAAUGUGGGAAAUACUGUGGGGUAUGCACACUGGCUAUCGUUGAUCCAGGUGAUCCUGAUAUUAUUAGAAGCAUGCCAGAACAGAUUGGUGAAAAGCAAAAUAUGCAAAAUUCAUCUUUAAUGAAACUGGCCAGAGCUUGUUUAAAAAAAAAAAAGUAA